GCUUAGUGCUUGUCACCGGCUGGAGGCUCCGUCUGAAGGCGAGAUGGCGGAGGCUGCGGUGCUGGCGUGGGUUCGCGGCCCCGGAAGCGGGUGCAAGGCGCUGCCGUGUGCCUCGGACAGGUGCUCCGUGCGCGAAGUUAUCUACCGACACUGCCGGGAACGGGCAAUUCCUGUGGACUGCUUCUUUGUGAAAUGUAACGGAGUCCUCGUUACCGCCAGCGACACAGUGCAGCAUGGAGCUGUGUACAGUUUGGAGCCCAGACUUUGUGGAGGGAAAGGAGGUUUUGGGUCUAUGCUUCGAGCACUUGGUGCUCAGAUCGAGAAGACAACCAAUCGAGAAGCCUGCCGGGAUCUCAGUGGGAGGAGAUUACGAGAUGUCAAUCAUGAGAAAGCGAUGGCCGAGUGGGUAAAACAGCAAGCUGAGCGGGAGGCUGAGAAGGAGCAAAAGCGCCUGGAGAGACUGCAGCGAAAGCUUGCCGAGCCUAAGCACAGCUUCACCAGCCCCGACUACCAGAGGCAGUGCCAUGAGAUGGCUGAGCGUCUGGAGGAUUCCGUCCUCAAAGGUAUGCAGGCUGCCUCCAGCAAGAUGGUGUCAGCGGGAAUCAGUGAGACUCGGAAACGGCCUAACAAGUCAAAGACAGACCAAGGAGCUGGAGCAAAGAGAAGGAAAUGCUUUUGGUUGGGCAUGGAAGGACUGGAGGCUGCUGAGGGCUCCAGUGCUGGAAGCUCAGAUGAUGACGACAGUGACGACGCCCCUGGUACUUCGGGGCUGAGCUGCUGUGCUCCAGAAAGUGGUAGUGAUGGUGUUGAGGUGGCGGCUGACUGUCCUUGCAGUCCUCAGAGCUCAGGAUUGAGCACACAUUCCAAGUCGCCGGAGAAGCUUCAGAAAACCAUGCCUGACCCUGACCCCAGGCAGGACAUUUUGGAGAACACACAAACUGAGCUGGGAGAGACGUGUGCCAGGGAGCACAGUGAAAGGAAGAUGGACACAGAAACAGAAGCGACUGUAGCAAAGGAGACAGAGGGUCCCACACCAACACAGAAGGACCAGGAGGGAGGAGUGCCUCGUGGGGACAGUGCUGCCAUGGCUGUCUCUGGAAAAAAUGGGGAAAGUGUUCCCAUUGCUGACCUGGAGGGAGGCCACUCAGGAGACACAGCUCUCGGGCGGGAAGCUGUGGAUCUGCUAACAUUCAGCUCCGCAGCCGAGUUGGAGUCGCUGGGUUUGGAGAGACUCAAGUGUGAACUGAUGGGCCUUGGACUGAAGUGUGGGGGCACCCUGCAGGAGCGUGCAGCCAGGCUCUUCUCUGUCAGGGGCCUGGCAAAGGAGCACAUCGACCCAGCUCUGUUUGCCAAGCCUUCAAGAGGGAAGAAGAAGUGAAUUUCCCUCAGAGCUCUCAUGAUUUCGACACUUCCUCUGACUUGAUGUGGACGCGUGGCCAAUGUUUCUGUUGAUACUAAAAGCCAGUUUUUAAUAACUCACUAGUAACUAGUCUCUUCAUUAAUACCUGGGCUUGAGGUUUUCAUCGGAGGAAGAAAACUUUGUAGGUUAUUUUACUUUCUUUUUGGUGUUUUUGAGAGAGACUCAUAGCCAAGUUCCAGGGCUACACAGAGAAAAACAAACAAAUUAAAAAUUGAUGGAGACUCACUCUGCAGUCUGGACUGACAAACAACGUUGUAGUUCAGCUUGGUCUCAAACUUGCAGUGAUCCUUUUUGCAGUGAUCCUGUCUCAGCCAUGACCACUGCAUCUGCUUUGUCAGGGGCUUAUAAAUUUCUUUGGUUUUAUAUUGUGUCACUUUGGUGGUGUUUUCAGGAAAUUUAUUUUUGGAAACAGUUAUUCACCACUCAUGGCAAAAACUUCUCUCUCUAUCCAGUACUGAGUGUCUGUGUACUACCAGGGAUGGGACCUAGCUGCUCCCAGGCCUCUCUCUCACUGGGGUUUAUUCCAUCUAGGGGUCUAUUUUGUUUUGUUUGUGAAUUGUUCUGUCACCAGCCUCAUUGGCAUUUGCUUUUUGUUUCCUCUUCUAUGUACCUUGGGUUUUCUUUACUCAACUUUCUUUAGCUCCUUUAGAUCACUGAUUGUAGAUUUUUCUUUUAUUUAUUUUUUUAAAGUAAAUUGUCCAAUUAGCAAAUGUUUGUUUUUUCUAAAUGUCUUACUGAUACUGACUAUUCAGGUCAGAAAAUGCCUUGCUGUAUACUAUUGAAAAAAAAAAAACAAACACAGCAGUGGUGGCGCACGCCUUUAGUCCCAGCACUCGGGAGGCAGAGGCAGCCGGAUCUCUGUGAGUUCGAGGCCAGCCUGGUCUAUAGAGUGCCAGGACUACACAUGCACUCAACUGGCAGGGGAAUGUUCUGGAAUAGUGGUUAUGUGAAUGGUUGGUAGGAUUAUUCCUACGAUCUGUCUCUGCUCGUUUGUUUUCACAAGGAACUAAGAGAGAACAUUAGAAUCUCGAUUAUGAUUGGAAUUGUCUUAGCAUUUGUUAAGUGAUUGAUUAUGUAUUAAUUCAGUGAUAUUCCAUGCAUACGAGUUUCUGCAUUGCCUUAAAAUGUCUUGUUCUAGUUGGUUUUGGGUUUUUUAUUUCGCCUUUGACUUUUUCACAUUUAUAUACAGUGUAUCUUGAUCAUGUCCACCCAUUCCUACUUCUGUAAUUGUAAUGUUUUUACUUUAUUUUUGAAGCUAUUGUUAGGUUUCACUGCUGUAGUAUAUAUUGGACAGUUCCCUUCGUCUCUGCGUUAGUUUCCUGUUCACCAUGUAUUUAUCUCAAGUGUAGCCUGCAGCCUUUGCUCUUGUUUUCAUAGCGUGUGUUUUCUGUGCAUUUAUUUUCUACACUGGGCUCCUACACACAGCAUGCAUUGUCUCUCACUUGUGUCUAAUCUGUCUCGCCGUCGUUAUCAUCUGGUCCCUGUCUCUGAUGACAAGUUGGUGUUGAGUCGCACAGUUUUUCUAUCAUAAUGUGUUCUUUUGGGGGCUGUUUUCAGAUGUGCCUAGAUGUUGUCUACUGAUUUUUUUAACCUUGGAGUUUGGUGAACUUUGUAAAUUUAUGCCAUUAAUUAAAUUUGGAAAAAAAUUAA